GGUAAUGGUGGUCGUGGCUUUUCUUUUCCUAUUUUUUCUCUCCCUCUUCAUUUUCUUCCUAUUUUGUCAUUUGGUAAUCAGUUUUUCCCUCUAAAUUCUGUAGGGUUCCCGCUUGUUCUUAAUGGAUCCUUUUGGUUAAAUAAAUAGAAGAGGAAAGAAAAUUCAGAAGCCUCAAUUUCUCGUCUUUUCCGGGCAUAUCCUUGAUUCCUUAACUCAUCUCUCAAGAGUUUCCAAAAUUCCUUUUUUUGGAGGUUCUGAGGAUGGAGGAGACACAGAAGCUGGACAGUCGUAUGACAUCGGCUGCAGCUUUUGUCGAAGGGGGAAUCCAGGAUGCCAGUGAUGAUUCUUGUAGCAUAUGCCUCGACGAGUUUUGUUCGAGUGAUCCUUCCACGGUGACAAAUUGUAAGCAUGAGUUCCACCUCCAAUGCAUUCUUGAAUGGUGCCAGAGAAGCUCACAAUGUCCCAUGUGUUGGCGAGCCAUUAACUUGAAGGACUCUGCAAGUCAAGAAAUGCUUCAAGCAGUAGAAAGGGAAAGGAUCGUUCGGGUUACUGCACCAAGAAAUACCGCCAUAUUUCACCAUCCCACCCUUGGUGAUUUUGAGUUGCAACAUUUGCCGGUUGGUGUAAAUGACCCUGAACUUGAAGAGCGUAUAAUUCAGCACUUUGCUGCUGCAAUGGGAAGGACCCACCGCACUAGUAGGAGGGAGGGCCAGAGAAGAUCAUCUACUAAUGGUCGUUCACACUUAUUGGUGUUUUCUCAUCCCACUGCACAGCAAUCUGGUUCUGGAUCGUCAACUCAGACUCAGAUAGCAAGGGAAUCUGAAGCACCUGCAGUUACUGUGGCUAGGCCAUCUAGUCCGCUACCAUCUCGAGAAGAGAUGCCUCCAUUUCCUUCUGGACAGAAUACAUCAGCCUCUGGAACUACUGCCAGUCCAGUGAAUAGACGAGCAUUUUCCUUUAAUAAUAGAAGCACUUCUGGUGAUAAUUCAUUUACAAAUACAGAGGGAGCAGGACCGUUAGAAUUUCAGUCAUUUUCGGAGUCUCUAAAAUCAAAACUUAAUGCAGUGUCCUUGAGAUAUAAGGAGUCAAUUUCUAAGAGUACAAGAGGCUUGAAGGAGAGGUUGUUCUCACGUAGCUCUUCUAUGUCUGAUAUUGGGAAUGAAGUUCUUCGAGAAGUAAGCGCAGGAAUUGCUAGUGUAUCUCGUAUGAUGGAGCGACUUGAGAUCAAUGGGAACAACAGAGAAAACCAAGCUUCUGCGUCACGUCAUUCGGCUGAAUCUUCUGUUACGGAGCAAGGCAACCAGCAUAAUACAGGGAGGAACACAGAUCUU